AUGACACAUAAUAAUAUUGUACGUGAACUUAAACUUCAUAGUCCAGCUGGUGUUGAACCAGCUCUAUUUACUUGGCCAAAUACUGAUCAACAAAGUACAAAAAACGAUACUGUUUUUGUAGGUGGUGAUGAAAUUGUUAAAACAAUUCGUUUAGUAUUUGAAGAUUAUCCCGAAUUAUAUCAACAAAAUCUUAAUCUUUCAACAUGCGAUAUACAUUCAUAUACAAAUAUGAAAGAAUUAUGCGAUAAAUUUAAUAAAAUAAUUGAUACACAUAUUAAAUUAAAUCGUGGUACAGAAGCAUUUUCAGCUCACCUUGAACAACGUGCCACAGCAAAAUUAUUUCGUCAUAUUCUUGCUCAAGUUUAUAGUCGUGCCGUGACAGAUCCUGAUAAAUUACGUGUUUAUGAACCAUUUUCACCUUCAGUAUAUGGUGAAACAUCACCAGAUUUAAUUGAUUCAAUGCUUAAAGUGAUUAAUUUAACUGAAGAUCAAACAUUUAUUGAUCUUGGUUCAGGUGUUGGAAAUGUUGUUUUACAUGUUGCAGCAUUAGCAAAUUGUAAACAUGUUUAUGGAAUUGAAUAUGAAGAAACUCCAGCAAAAUAUGCACGUGCUAUGGCUGAAGAAUUUGGUUCUUGGAUGCGUUGGUAUGGAAAACAGUAUUCAGAAUUUCAAUUAGAACAAGGAGAUUUUUUAUUACAUCCAAUGAUGGAAGAAAGAAUUAAAGAAGCAGAUGUUAUUUUUGUUAAUAAUUAUGUUUUUGGCUCAAGAGUUAAUCAUGAACUUAAAGUUAAAUUUAUGAAUAUGAAAGAUGGUGCAAAAAUUGUAUCAUCAAGAGAAUUCUGUUCCGAAACAUUCCGACUUAAUGAUCGAACAAAAAAUGACUUAGGAGCUAUUAUGUAUAUCACAAAACCAGAAGAAUUAUAUGGAAAAGUUAGUUGGUCAGAUAAAUGUGUUCAAUAUUAUCUUCAUGUCAUUGAUCAUACUAAAUUGGCACAUUAUUAUGAAGAAAAAACACAUCAUUCACAUACAAAAGGAAUAAGAUCUAUUCAUUCAAAAUCCAAUGAAGACGACAAUUCACUAUCUCCAUCAUCAAAUAAUUCAUCUUCAACAAAUCCAUCUAUAAAUACUCGUACUCAAACAAAACCUGGUUGUUAUCAUCAAUCAGAAAAAAUUGAUGAAAAUCAAAUUUCUCAAUUAUCAUUUAAAUCAAGUAAACGUAAACAUCGAUCUCCUAUAUCAAUAGCGACGAGUAUAUCCCACAAGACAAGUCAUAAGAAAAUUGAUUCAGAUAAAAAACAAUAUGAUUAUGAAUCGGAUUUAUCCAAUGAUGAAAAACUUCAUUCAAAACGUUAUCGUACAUCAUCAAAAGAUUAUCAUUCAACAUUAAAUGAAUUACAUCCAACAAGUCAAACCUAUUCUCAAAUAAAUAAAAAUCAACGUUUUAAUUAUCGUGAUAUGACAAAAUUAUCAAAUGAAAAUCUUAAUCUUCGUCAUUUUCGUGAUUGUUUAUAUGAACAAGAAGAUCAACAAUUUAUUCAUUCAAUGAAUACAUAUUUAGAUCAAUUUCAACAACGUCUUUUUUCAUAUUUUAAAUAUAUGAAAUCCAAUACAUAUCGUGAACAUUUAAAACAACAAUUAGAUAAUGAAAAAGAAUUAAAUCAAACAUUAAAAACUAAAGUUAAUUGUUUAGAAAAUAAUAUUAAAAUUUUAUUAGAAGAUACAAUAAAUUUAUUUAAAUUACGUACAAAUGAACUAGGUAUUGAAGAUUUAGAACGACCUGUACAAUUAAUAACAUAUGCAAAUGAUAUAUCAAAUAAACAUAAAGAAUUACGUUCUAAAGUCGUUACACUUGAAAAAGAAAUAGCUGAUUAUGAUCUUGAAAAUGAAAAAUUAAAUUUUCUUUUACAGUCAAUUCAAACCAAUGGACAUCAAUCAUCAUCAACUAUAUUACAUUCAUUAAAUGAUAUUUCUUAUUCAACAUUAUUAUCUAAUAUGAGUAAACAAACUCAACAACAAGAAUUUAGUAAACAAUCAUAUCCAUCAAUUAGUCCAACAUCAACAAUUGAUAAAACGAAUUCAUUGCGAGCAAUAGAAUUUUUAUCACAUUCAAAUCAAAUACCAAUACCAUCCUAUGACAUAAAAAAAACUGAACGAAAAUCUGGAUUUACUAUUCCGAAAAAGGUGAAGAAAACUUCCGAUGAUCAUACCCAUAUUUCAUCAACUAAAACUACGGAUAAACGUAGUGGAUUACAAAAUUCAUUAUUACCCUCACAAUCAUCAACAAUUUCUCCAAGUAUUAAUAAUAUUUUAUCAACUAAACAACUUGAACCCGUUCAAGUUCAUUCAGUUGGACAUCAAUCAAAACCACAACAACCACUACCAUCCUCUGUUAUCCGAACAGUUAGUGUGAAAACAUUAUUAAAUAGUCCAUCAUCAUCAUCAUCAUCAUCAAGUGGAAAAAUAUCUCAUUUAUCUCAAGAAAUCAGCCGAUCGAUGAUAAUGCAAUCACCUCGUAAAAAACGUGAUUUUUAUGGAAAAUCAUCGGGUCCACCAAAUGCAUCUCCAUCAUCUUCAAGAUCAUCAACUUCAUCACCGAAUACUAAAUCUCAUCGCCAUACAAAUACAACAGAUUCAUCUUCUACAAAUAAUAAUCGUCCAUCAUCAACACCUGCAUGUACAGCAACUAUAUCUGCACCUACAUUACCGAAUCGACCUGUUUCGAUUCCUCCACUAGAAACUUCAUCCUAG